CUUGGAUCGUAAGAAGUUGUGGUCACGGAUCAGCCGAAUUGUACGGGAGGUAAAGGUAAUUUCCAGGUGAGGUGUGGAGAUAUUUGGAUGCAUGGCUUGCUGCUGCAUGCCUGUGCGGAGGAUGUAGAAUGGCAGCGUUUCUCGGAUGGACGAAGCAGAGGAGGUCUCGGUUGAGGAUGCGGAUGGAUUCCAUUUUCACCCAUGUGCUUGAUUUGGACGAGCGCCGUGGUUGGUCCUUCGGUGCCUGAGUGGUGAGAGAAUCCCUGGUGGUGAUUUCAAUUCCCUUUUUCAAUGACGGUCUCAGAGGUUGGAAUAGCAAGCAGACCGUGGGCUUUGUUUAGCCGGCAGAGCCUAAUAGAUAAACACACCACAUCUGAUACUUCAGACACUCAACGAAAAGAGUUCGGGCUGGGGCAGAUUAAGUUGACAGACGCUCCUCAGUGUUCGGAAGAGGCCAGUGCUACUACAUAGCAGAGUGCAAGUGUGCAAGUUCUUCCAUGCAACAACAGCAGCGACUCUUUUCAACACCGUCUCAUCUCGUCUGUAGGAUGUAUUCGUUGCAGCAGAUCUGAUUUUUCAAACAGGGCCUUAGAGCAUUGUCUGCAGAGGAGAGAUUGCCCUGGGAGGAGAGAUGCUUGAGUGCCUUUUUGAGAGGAUGUGUUUUGACUGAACGGAAGGUUCCACAUUCGGCUAUUCAGAGUCUGCCGCUCUCAUUCGAUCUGGAGCAGUUUUUAGCGGUUUUGCCAGGGGAUGGUGUGUGUGUGUGCGUGUGUGUGUUAGUGUGAAAUCAGGAUCGACAGUUUUUCAAGGUUUUUUUCGAAAGAUUGAGGGUGAAAGGCAGUAGAGUUGAGGAUGGAGUAGACUGUUUGUGUGUGGUAUGUGAAGAGAUACUUGUGAGCAAGGGCAUUUGGGUGGUAGGAAAAGACUGUUGGACUCUGCUGAAUAUAGUUGGCAACCAUGCAUCUACCGGUGAAUCACCAGAUACUACUGGGAGAUUUUGAGGACGAUUCUAACGAGGAGCUUGACGCCCGGAUCGCGAGCUCCGGGUCAGGAUCAGGUGGAGGGGAUUCCCCUGGGAGCAGCAGGGGGAAUGGCGGUUGCAUCCGCUCUAGGCCCGUGAAGGUGAUCCCAUGUCCUAGAUGUCAAUCCAUGAACACCAAGUUUUGCUACUACAACAAUUAUAGUGUUAACCAACCAAGGCACUUCUGCCGAAACUGUCAACGGUACUGGACUGUUGGGGGAACUCUACGAAAUGUUCCAGUUGGAGGAGGGUCUCGCAAGAAGAUUCGGACUCGCAACCGCAAUGACACGUAUCUCCUUGGUGGGACGCCGCAAACGAGCCCAGUGGGGUCUCUGUUUGGCUCAGGAGGAGAUUUGCUGAGUUCUAGCGCUUGCAUGCAGCAGCUCUCUAUGUUACCUCCGACUGGAGGGAUGCUGGGAUUCGGUAACCAGACUUCCGGAUUCGCACCCGCUGUUCCGCCACUUCCAUACUUGCAGUUUGCUUUGGAGUAUACCCAGGGGUUGCACCCUUCGGUGCAGAAGCCUCUCGCUGGGCUUCAAGAGGUUCCCGACAUUCAAUCACUCUACGAUACUCAAGCUUCGCAGGCUCCUCAAGUGAAUUCAUCCAUCUUUAACAGCUCCUCAUCGUUGAUGUUGAACAGUGGUGUUACACUGCCGACCUUGCAUGCGCCGAGUCACUCAGAUACGCUUCCUUCAGUGAUGGCGAAGACGGGCUUGUGGACCGUCGCAGCACAACAACUACCAUCACUUAACGGUACAACGCAAGUCCAAAGUUCUUGGCAGGAUAAGCAAUCUAAGCCGUCGAUGAGUUCACAGUUACAACAUCGCAGCGGAUAUGUGGAACGGAUGAACCCAAUCAACCAUAUGAAUGCUAUCAUGUUCCCGCACAAUGUGAAGCCUGGGUCCUGGGAAGCGGCCUUGAUGCACAGCCGGCCGGUGAUGAACGAUAGACUGGUGCCUCACACCUCAUGGGACGAAAACCAGUCCUCGACGCACACUAAUCUUUCCCCGAAUGCGAGUAGCACCACAGACGAUGAGCGGUGCCCGUCGAACAACUGCUUUCCUCACACGUAUGAGGAUGUUUCACAAUCCUGGGUUGAUUUGCAAGCUUCCGACGCUUUGAGUUUCCAAUGAACGUCAACCACUACAAGAUUACUAAUUAUUGUUUUGUAACGUCGAUCAACGACGGUUUUGCUGUGACGUGCGUCUCCUGACUGCGGCCCUAAUCCUGUAGCGUAGCCUCCCAGCUACGCGUUGUAAAGUAUACCCUGUGAAUACACCCUGAGGUUUGAGAGUUUAGUUUCUGAUUUUGUAGGACAGGUACGCAGCAGCACCGGAAACUGUGCAUAUCAGUGAGUUUGAAUACGUCAUGACAUGUGGGAGGUAGAUCAUUAUCCCACAAGUCUUGCGGGGAAUGUACCUCGCUAUGAUAGAUCGUGGCUUUUUGCCAUGGCAAGUGUAGACCGUGGACUGUAGUGCUCUGUCUUCUGAGAGACCAGGUGCGCUUCAAGCACUGAAGAUUCCAACUACUUUUUAUUUUUUAUUUUUUAUCAGAAGUGCUAGACAGUAGGUUGAUUUUUGUUGAGCUGUAUGUUUACACUAAAUCACCCCCAUUAUAGGAUAGGCUAGGCUAGAUUAGAUACCACAGGUUGAGCCGGCUGAAAUUGUAGUUUGUCUCUAUCUCUAUUUAAUGAAUGCAGAGGCUUGCCCCUGUGCUUCCCGUGA